AUGGAUACUAUGCUGCUCCUCUUGCUCCCAGGAAUUAUCUUAGGUCUUUCUUCCCCCUCCAAUUCCAAGGCCUUUUCCCCGUCCAAGAUGACAUACAGUGGGGUAAUAGAUGCAGGAUCCACAGGAACAAGAUUGAAUAUAUAUGGGUUUGUUGAUGGAGAGAUCAAGCACCAGGGCCUUUUUACAAAUUCUCAAGGCCUAGCAGGUGCAAAAAGUGACGAGGAGAUCCAAAACUCAAUCAGAGAACUCUUCACACAUGCAAAGCCGUUCUACAACAACAUCAAGGAGAUGCCUAUUGGGUUUUACGGAACUGCAGGAUUCAGAACAUUGGACAAAUCGCGUUCAGACCACAUUCUGGAUCUUGUAAGGAAUGAGCUAAAGGAAUACAAUCUCAAGGAGAUCGAGGUGAUAAAUGGGAUAGAUGAAGGAAGAUUUGCUCUCAUGGCACUAAUUCUCUCCAACAAGGGAAAGGAAAACGAGCAGAAAAGCCUAGGAAUCAUCGACAUGGGCGGAGGAAGUACUCAAAUAUCUUUUCUAGAAAAGAACGGAAGAGUGACUUCCGAGUCAAUCGACCUUGGAAUCACAUCCCUUGGUUUGUCGGAUCCUGAAGAGUGCAAGUCCAAGGAUGACAAUAGCCAGGAAUUGUGUGCUACAAACAUCGUAUUGAAGCUUGCAAACGUAGUUAGAAAGCCCUUCCUAAAUGAUGUCGACAGCUUGUAUCUACUUUCUUACUUCCAUGACGAGUUUGGAAAGAUUGCCAGAGGCGAGAAGACAAGCAUGAAGGAAGUCAAGGACAAGUUCUACAAGAAGUGCAAUCUUCUUGAGUCUCUCGAAUGCCGUAGGUUGUUUUAUCUGAUUUCUUUCAUAAAGAACCUUGGGAUUGAAGAUGGAAAAACCAUCCAUCAGGUGGACACAAACAAUGGAAUCAAUAUUGCUUGGGCAUCUGGAAAGGGAUACGAGUUAAACAAGACAUACAACUGA